AUGACCGAUGCCAGUGCUCUCAAAAAGAACGAAUAUACUCCUCAAAGGCAUAUGAGCAAGAGGUCCAAAACCGGCUGUCUAACUUGUCGUCGCCGCAAGAAGAAGUGUGAUGAAGUUCAUCCAACGUGCAGAGGCUGUGCGAGGAACCACCUACCCUGCCAAUGGGCUGAGGAUGUCUAUUCAAGAAGCCGUCGUCGCCGACGCCGUAUCUGCCGGAACCGACUUUGGCCGAGCGGACUAGGUAUCCCACGUGAACUCGAUGGGAUGGUGACUAUCUUUGCUGUGCCCAGUCGACCGAUAAUGUAUCGCCUCUUGGCUCAUUUCACCGAAAGCAGUCCGGUGUGGAUGUCCAUCAGCCCUGGUCGGCGAAGGGAUCAGUUUCUCCGUCAUGUAAUUCCCACGGCGUUGGGGCAUUCUUUGACCUUGGAUUGUUUGCUGGCGCUGUCGGCUGGCGACUUGAUGAAGUACGAGCUUGACGAACCGGAAUUGAGAAUGAUAUCUCUUGAACUAUACGGUAGAGCCGUGGCUGGGCUGAGGACUGCAGUUGACAGAGAGCUGUAUAGAUCUACAGAGGCGUACGUAUCUGACGAUCUUGUACUAGCGGUUCUCUUGUUAUGCGUGCACGAGACCCACAACUUCUCUGAUACAGGUCGACUGCUCCCGCAUCUCAAUGCCGCAGCUUUCCUCUUGCAGCAGAGGAUAUCCUCCACCCCGGCGGAUCCCAGCCUACGGGCAUUUCUGCUGGAGGUUUUUUGCUACUUUUUCUCUUUGACGUCUUUCACGCAUGGGUCGAGUCUUUUAUUGGACCGCGCCUCCGAGAUAUUUGACUCGAUAGACUACCAUACCGGUCAAAGCCUGCUCCUAGGUCCGUCGCAAGACUUGAUCGUAACAAUCUUCCGAAUCACGAGGCUGACGUUGCAUACACCUAACAUGUCCGAGAUUGUACGCUCAGAACUAGCGAGCAUCGAGUUUCAGCUGGAAGCUAGAAGCAUGAUUGGUAUGAAUCCACCGGUUGUACACGACCCGGGCGAACAAAUGUUCGAGACUGUCAAUCAUAUCAGCUUCUCUUACGACAGGGUGGUAUUUGAGCUUUACCGCCUCGCAUGCCUAAUAUUCGUUAAACAGGCUAUUGACCCCCUAAUCUCACCCCGGGCUCCGGAGUUACAGAAGGUUGUGGGAUGCUUUCUCACUGAACUCGAAACCCUUCCCCACGAUUCCCCAUCCAAUGGUCUGCUGGCUUGGCCGCUGGUCAUCACGGGGUUUUGUGCGGUAGCUCAUGCUCACCAACGUAUUAUCUUAGCUCGACUGCGCAUCAUUCACAAAACCUGGAGGACGGACAUCUUUCCCCAGACCGUGGAUUUCCUGCGUCGACUUUGGGGCCUUGAUACAGAUGAGGGUGCUACGCCAAACGAAGAUACCCAAAUUCCGAACCUGAAUAGCCAUAGCUCAAGCCUUUUCUCAGGCUUUAUGUUACAGAAUCUCGGUCUUCCAACCGUUCUCGUUUAG